GUUAAUAGUCUUAUUUUAUUCAAACGAAAGUUAAGUAAUUAUAUUAGCCACGAUGUUUUGGGGUUUGAUAAUAGAACCGAAUAAACGGUACACGCAGAUCGUUGAAAAAUCAUUCCACGUGUCUAUGGCGAGCUUAGAUCUCACUACAGCCGAUGACAAUUUGGUACAAGUAAUGUUGUGCUACGAUAAUAGAAAUUACCUGCUGUGUAGCUUGAUAAAAAGUGCAACAUGGCAGGUACCGCUUGAUUUGAAUUUUCAAGAGGGAACUAAAAUAGCAUUUACGUGUAACGGUCAUGGUCAUGUGCAUUUAACUGGAUAUCUGAUACCCGACGAGGAUUUGGAUUUGGAUGAAUUGGAAGAGGAAGAGGAUGACGAAGAAGCGCCGCAACUUGUCGAUAAACAAUCAAAGAGAAAAGCUAAGGAUUCUUUGAGUCAGAAAAAGAAUGCAAAACGUCCUAGACAAGAACCUGAAGCAGAGUCCUCGGACGAAGAAGAUAUAGAACUAGAUGGUCUUAACGAGGAAAGCGAAACGGAUGAUUUAGAAGAAGGGGAUGAAGUAAAUCAAGUCGAAGAAGAGGAUAGCGAAGAAGAUGAGGAGGAGGAGGAAGAAGAAGAUGAGGAAGACGAAGAAGAAAAGGUUGUAAAGCUUCAGCAAAAAGAUAAAAAGAAUAAACGCCAACAGCAACAGCAGAAAAAAUUAUUAAAUGGAAAAGAAGCAAAGCAUGAACAGCAACACAAACAACAAAAAAAAAGCAAAGAAGAGCAAAGGCAAUCAAACGAUAAGAAUGUUCAAAGCGAUCAGAAGAAAAGAAUAGUAGAAGGAGGAGUUCAAGUAGAGGAAUUAAAAAUAGGUAAUGGUACGCCUGCAAAAGCUGGAAAGUUUGUGUCUGUAUAUUACGUAGGUCGUUUGAAGAAUGGAAAGAAAUUUGACUCGACGAUGCAAGGAGAGGGUUUCAAAUUCAGACUUGGAAAAGGUGAAGUGAUUAAAGGAUGGGAUGUUGGCAUCGCGGGAAUGAGAGUCGGUGGAAAACGGCGUGUUACAAUACCUCCGGCUAUGGCGUAUGGAGCAAAGGGUUCGCCGCCCGUUAUUCCCGGCAACAGUACACUUGUGUUUGAAGUUGAACUUCGAAAUGUUCAUUAAAAGUUAAGAAUAUUUUACAGACUCUCGAGUAUUUGUUAAGUGAUAUGUAAUGUAUUUUGAAAUAAUGAACAAGGCACCCUUUUUCUAUUGUCCUCUAAAGCUUCAAGUUUAUCGAAGAUAUGACAUUUAUAAUAUAUUUUAUACUACGUAAUAUCAUUUAGAAAGUAUUCUUAUAGUUAAAUAUCGUGUACGAGUGUAAGUAAAAUAGUUAUUGUACUGUGGCUUUUAAUCGUGAGUAUACUACACAAGGAUAUAAAAAAUUCCUCGAAAAUGUGAGAUCAUUUGUUAAGCGUUGAAUUAGGGAAUAGCAUUUACAAAUAGUUACGCGUAUUAAAAUAAUUUAAGAUUCUAAUAGUCUCGAGCAAAAGUUUUUUUCUACACAUAGUAUAAAAAAAAAUUUGAAAUAAAAAUAAGUUUGAUAAAGUUUC